AAUUGUGUAACGGAAACUAUGGAACAGGUUCGCACUUUGGUGAGAUACGGUUCUUUUACAAAUUUUCUGAAGAAGUUCCUACAAACUCUUCAAGUAUUCGUAUUAUUAUUAUUUAUAUCAAUUAUGUUUACAUACCUUAACUCAAAAAACAAUAAUUUAAAGGAAUCAGUAGCAUGUGUGAUGCCAAAGUUAUCACUUUGGCCUCCACAGCUAGAAAAAUAUAAUUAUAAGCCUAAACCAAUUGUUUGUGACCCACUCAACAACGACUGGGUUUUCACCAGAAAGGGAAAACUAUACAUUAGAAAAGUUUAUGAUAACAUCACUUGUCAAGCUGUUAUUAAAUAUACGAAAGAUGCAGAAGAAACAAACGAAAGAAAAUACGCAAAGGUUUACAACGGAAGGACAAUAAAUGUUUACAAUAACUCGCCAGUGCCAUCUGAUGUAUUUAAAGUAUCUUGUAAAGCGAAACUAUCAAAUGGAACAGAGUUAAACUACUCUAAAUUGAUAUUAACAAUUAAAAGAAGACUGGAUAUUCCACAAAAAUUGAAUAAAACAGAUUUAGAGAAUAAAUUGAAUAUAUUAAUUUUUCAAAUUGAUUCCGUCUCCAAGAUGUCAUGGUAUAGAAGACUUAAUCAAACUGUUCAAACAUUCAAACACUUGGGAGGAAUAUGGUUUGAAAAAGCAAAUGAUAUAGGAAAGGGUACUAUUAAAACCCUUCUACCUAUGUUUACAGGUAAGAGAGAGUGGGAUUUACACAAAGCAGAGAGGGGCGUUAAAGGUGCUAGUCACUUGGACGACUUUCCAUGGAUUUGGAAAGAUUUCAAAAAGAUGAAAUAUGUCUUUCUCUACGGGGACAAAAAUACAUUUCAUUAUAGAUUUCUUGGAUUUAAGAAACCGCCGUCUCAUCACUAUGCUCGUCCUUGGUUUCUUACUUUUCCCAACGAAAUCACUAAAAAGUAUUGUAUUGGUAACGAAACUAGGCAUCAAAUUUUACUUAACUACAUCGAAGAAUUCUGGGAAGCGUAUAGAGGUCAUCCAAAAUUAUCUUUUGUUAAUCUUGAAGAAUUUUCUCACGGUAAAUAUGUUGAUGUAGAAUUAAUUGACAAAGCUCACAGUGAUUGGCUAUUGUCUCUAAAGUCUUCAGGUAAGUUGGAAGACACUCUAGUACUUCUUAUGUCCGAUCACGGCUUAUUAUAUAUGAAAAUUGCCGAAGAAAAUCAAAUGGAAUACGAAGGUUUGAACCCUUAUUGGGGUAUGUUAAUACCAGAUUCCUUUAGAACGAAGUAUCCACAGCUGGUGUCAAAUCUUGAAUCAAAUAGAGACAAACUCAUUACGCCAUUGGAUAUGCACGCCACUCUAGGUCAGCUAGUCGAAAUUUUAUCAGGAAAUAGUAUUAGACCAAUUAGACAUACAAAAGCUUUAAGCCUAUUUGAGAAAAUUCCUUCAGAACGAACUUGUAGCGGAGCGAAUAUUCCACCGGAAUAUUGUCUUUGUGUUCGAUACGAAAGCAUAAGUACGCAAUCUAGAUUGAUUUUAAAAAUGGCAAGUUUAAUUGAAGAUAGAAUGAAUGAGAAGAUAUCUGAUUUAAGACAGGUUUGUCAUAAGUUAGAAAUAAUGAAAGUAGUGUCAGUGCAAAAGAGCACUAAGUCUUUCAUGCUUGAGCAUUUCCAGUCAAAAGCAGUUUAUAAGUUUGUAAUAAAAAUGAAGAAUUUUAAUAUGGUUUUCAAUGCUAUUGUUCUGUUCAAAAUGUCAUUUUAUCAUCUAAAUCCUACAAUAUCAAUUGAACAUAUGUCAAGACUUGAUAGAUACGCAGAAACAUCGAAAUGUAUAUCUAAUAAGUACCCGUAUUUAGCUAUAUUCUGCUAUUGCAAAUAA